AUGGAAUCUACCGCUUUGGAUUGCUGCCGGACAACACGACAGUUACUGCCGAGGUCUACUGAGCUCAAUUGCAAAGACUGGCCGACAAGAUUCGGAAGGAGCACCCGAAGCUCGACAACGUUCGCCUGCUGCACGAUAACGCGUGCCCUCACAUCGCGGAGAAGACUUCCCAGAAAAUUCUGGAGCUCGGAUGUUGAUGCUGAUGAAGUUCUACCGCACCCACCGUACAUCUCGAACCUGGCCCCGAGCGACUAUCACCUCUUCCGAUCGCUUCAGCAUCACCUGGAAGAGAAGCGCUACGAUGAUCGUGACAACCUCGAAAAUGACCUUCGGGCUUUCUUCGCCUCCAGGUCGCUGGAAUUCUACGCCAAAGGAAUCCGUUAUCUUGUGAGAUGUUGGCAGAAGGUUGUCGAUGUUGAUGGAGAUUAUUCCGUCGAAUAA